AUGGAUAAUCUGGUAAAGUCAUGUAAAUAUAACGAGGAACGUUGUGACGCCUUAUUAAAAUAUAAAAAUGAAUAUCAGCGCUCAAUUUCUUUAGGGACAGUGUGUGUUAAUAAUAUGACAAGCAGUAAUACUUCAUUUUCUUUACCUAAACUCUAUGAUAGUACCAUAACAAAGAAGAUAAAUUUAAAAAGUAAUUCAUACAAUGAACAAAAUAAUAGCGACUCAAAAGUAUACUAUGAUCACUGGUACUGGAAAUCUUUGACGAAUAAAACUACAAAUUACAAUUUUUUUUUUAAUUUUUUCACUCUUAUAUAA